UCCUCGGCGUGACACCGACGAUGGUGUACGGCGCCGUCCCCGUUAAGGACGAGGAGAACCCUCUCCUGGGCGUCCGAUCAUCUUCGAAGCGACCACGUUCGUUCGCGUACGGCGUUAUCGCCGUCGUCUGCGUCGCGGCGCUUGCAAUUUCGGGCGUCUCGCGCGCCACCGAUGAAUCCUCACGAGAGGAUCAUCUCUCCGCUUUGGGCGAUCUUUCGAAUGACUAUCUCGCGAAGAGAUCCUGGUGGCAGGACGUGAAGACUGCGAAUGAAACCCUCAUCACCGCGAAGCAGGCGUCCGACAAGGCGAUGGAAGCCGCGGCCGAGGCGGAGGAGAAGUUCGACGAGCUUAAGCUUGAUGCCGAGGAGAAAGACCGCAUGUGCACAGAUAUUCAUAAGGCUGAAGACCAAACAUCGGGGUGCGACGACCAUUGUUCCACCGGCGCUGUCCAGGCAUCGCGUCUUGGAUGGGGCUCGUGGUCCGUGUCUUCGUGGUCCUGGUCCGUGUCUUCGUGGUGGCAGUCUAUUCGCCAAAGAGCUGCAGAAGCGGCAAAAAAGGCGGCCGAGGCCAAGAAAGCCAAGUGCAUGGAGACGUGCAAAAGUCUCGACUGCGGUUUACCGAAAUGUAAGAACGCCCCGGCACAUCGAACAUGUCCUCCCGCAUACUCGGGCGACCGGUGCAAAACUGGUUUUGAUUUGUACGCUGACAAACCAUAUAGAAACAUCGGGUGGCGUGUAGGAAUAACCGGAGUCGAUGAAAGCAGGAAAUAUUUUAAAUGCCUCGGUACAUACUGUAACCCUCCGAUAGGGGCAGAGUAUUACUUUCCAGAUAAAAGAACCAACAAGUGCACAGAACGGGUUGUCAUGGAACGGAAGGAUACCUGGGGCAGGCUGAAAUCCUACCACACCGUGGGUGUUGGCUCCGACUACUUAAGCGAGUGUGGAAAAUGUACCGAUUAAGUCGGCUUUCACCCUCGCCUAUCAAGAUUUUCUCAGACAACACCGACGAUUUUUCAAACGUCCCCGCGUCGUUGUUUUUUGAGUACUAUCCAAAGUUAAGUUUUACAUAAGUCCUUCCAGCUCCUUGACUGAAAAGUUGUAUUUUGCAAUACUGCGCUCGGUGGGCGGCGUGCCUCGGUCGUGCGCGUUUUAAACACGUUUUUCGGAGGAU